AUGGAGCAGCUACCGUCAGUAGAGGAGCUUAAGACUCUAGCUGUCGAGUACUUUUCAAAGGCUGAGUCCUCUCUUUGGAAUGUGCUUCCUCCCGUCGUGCAAGAAUCCCCUGUAUUUCUCGAUAUAAGCCGAGCUCUUAAUGUUCGCGUCGAGACGGCUCUGUUGCUGUCCACGAUCGGCGUCCUACUGGCCUCUCUUAUUUUCCUCCUAGCUGUGCGUUUGGCCUUCGCGGGCCCUCGAUUCAACACCAUCGUGCUUCUGGGCCUGUGCGGAGCCGGCAAGACGUCCCUCUGGUACAAGCUGCGGGAUGGGUCAACCCACGGCGGCACAGUGACGUCAAUGGCAGUCAACGAUGACAAGUUCCCCCUGCACGCCGAGCUGAGCAAGAACCCCAGGGCCCGUCCAGUGCAUCUGGUGGACCUGCCUGGCCAUCCCCGCCUGCGCUCCCUGGGGGCUCCGUUCCUCUCCCGCGCCUGUGGGAUCGUGUUCCUGGUGGAUGCACUUGAUUUCACUCUCAACAUCCGACCUAAUGCAGAGUGGGUGCUCUGUCAGCCUGUGUGCCAUGCGCUUAUCAUCUGA